GUCAGCAUUUUCCAAAAGUUAUUUAAUAUUUGCCUUGAAGAUCUUGAAGAUUUCUCUGCAAGAGAAGUUACAGUUAAAGAAGAAAAUCUGAAGCUAAAACCAGAAAAUCAAGUUCUUGAACAAUAUAUAGAAAACCUCAUGUAUGCUUCUAGUGUUUCUCAAACAAGUGACACAAAAAGA